GGUAACUGGUAUCACAGUAUACAAUGCAAGUCCCGAAAUUAAUGUUUGCUAUCAUUUUGGUGGCAAUCAUCUAUACAUGUUCUUCAGCCCAUGGCUACUGUCACCGGGAACGGGUUAACAUUCAGUCGGAGGUGUAAUAUUAAGUAUGCACUGGACACUAUUACUGAGGAAAUACAGUGAUGAACAAAAAACAUGAAGACGGAACUUGUUGAAUACUUCCUUGUUAUAUGCUGAUGUCAACAUAUCAACACUAAACCGAGAUUUUGAAACAACCGAAAAUAGCUUUGAUGUGCUGUAUUUCAUUGAUCAACCAUGUACUCUAAACAUCUAUAUGAACAUUAAAAAUGUAACUCUAUCGGAAUCCUUUUCCGAAGCGAUCCCCAAUCUUAUAAUGCAGUGCAAGAUUCCUGAUCCAUUAAUUCAAACAAGCGUUCCGUAUUCAGCGAUAGUACGCGUUGGAAAUCGCUCGGUAAACGAAGGGCCCGUGUUACCGAAGCAUGACUUACCGGAUUGGUUUGACGAUUUGGUAAUUCAGUUUUAUUUUGAAAAUCUUUUUGCGAAGGAGCAUAUUGUUGGAAGCUGUUUUCUGAUGCUAAGACAAAUACAAAAUACAAAUCUUGCAACUAGUUCUUUCAAUAUCAAAGUUUUAGGUUGUCCGCCACAAAAGUUUGGCUUGAAUUGCAAUGGAACAUGUACGUGUAAGGCCGGGGUCCAGUGUCACAGCUUCAGUGGUGAAUGUUUGUGUCCGAGAGGCCUACAGGGUGAAACAUGUGAUGAACUCAGUCCGGUUUUGGACGUAAGGUCACCAGAUGAUGUAUACCUUGUUUGGGGGUCAGAUUAUGAGCUGGUUUGUACUUCUCAUGGCAUUGCCCACGCCGACCUACAAUGGAUAAAGGCUGGGGAAAAGUUAGAUGUCAACACAACGACUAUUCCAGAACGUUAUUUGCCUCAACCAGUAAAUUCAAUACACCAUCUGAAGAAUGUUACAGCUAAUAAAAUCAACGGUGUAUACACUUGCGAAUCUACAAACAAGACGAUUGCGCCAUUAAGCGUUAAUGUUAAUGUAAUCGUGAUAAAAAUUCCUCAACCUUUCAUCGAAACAUCCACCAAUCAAUCGAUAACAAUAGGAGAGAAUGUCACUUUAACUUGUCGCAUUAGACAAUCAGCGGGAACUGUUAUUUGGGUGAAAGGUCAAUUAUCUCUAAAUGCUUCCUCAAUAAUAAACGCCACAAGCCGAAUACGAAUUGAAAGUAAUUCCGAUAUUGGGCUCUAUCAACUAAAAAUUACCAAUGUCAACCUACAAGACGAGUCUUUCUAUAGAUGCUACGUCGGACAUAUAUUCACCAAUGACGAUUUAACGUACUUUGAGUCGCAAGUCCUGGUAUAUAUUCAUCCACAAGAACCAUUUCCACUGAUUAGAACAACUGGGCAAGACGAUAAACUUGAAACGUAUGAUGUUAACAUUGGUGACGUCAUCAACAUGAAAUGUGAAGCUAAUCUCAGUAAGCCAGCUGUCAAAUUAUCAUGGUUUCUUGAUGACUUCCAUGUAAAGGCAGCUAAUGAAUACACAGAGACAGAAGAUGGUAUAACAUAUAAUACAUCAAUUGAGUUUUUAAAGACUGCGACAGUGGCGGACAACAAGAAAACACUAGAGUGUGCAGCUGAAAGCCCAGCAAUUGAAAGACGGAGCAGCAUGUUGACCCUAAAUGUUACAUAUAAACCAUUGGUAGAGGUAAAUCCACAAUCCAUCACCACCGAAGAAGGUGAAGAUGUUUCAUUCACGUGUAACUCAACUGCUAAUCCAAUGCCUUUUUCAUACACGUGGAUUAUUGAACUCGACAAUGGAACGAAUCUAGUUAAAGCCAGUCAAAACCUAAAACUGAAUAGAGUAACAACAGACUUUGAUAAUGCUAAAAUCAAAUGUGAAGUCGAAAACUCAAUUGGAAGAUCACAGGCAAACGUUGUAAAUUUUACAGUCAAUGGACCUGGAGCACCGCUAUUCGUGAUUUUACCCUGUGUAGGAUCGAUGUUUCUUUUCAUGAUCACCAUAUUUUCCGUGCUGGUGUACAAAUACAGGUUUAAAAUACGCAUGAUGAAAGUGCGUCAAAAUGUUUACAAAAACACUGCUGGAGGGGGCGAGAAGGAGUUUGAUUUCUUCAUUGCUUAUAAAAGUGGAGGGGAUGACGAAGACUUUGUUGUGAAUACCCUGACACCUAAACUAGAAGAAAUGGGUUUCAAAGUUUGUGUCCAUUUCAAACACUUUUUACCUGGCAGUUCUAUCAUUGAUAACAUCACUGAGUCGGUUCACAACAGUUGGAAGACAAUACUCGUACUUUCGCCUGCGUUCCUUCAGAGUGGUUGGUGUCAGUACGAAUUUAAAACCGCUUGUGGUAAUAUGCUGAAACAACGAGUCGACAUACUACCGAUCAUUUACGAAGAAAUACGAAAUCUACCCGACCUUGACGACAACAUACGGACGCUUAUUAAUACAAUAACAUAUCUUAACUGGAACGGAGGAAACAUUGAUGAGGAACAGAAGAUACAGUUCUGGAAGGACAUUAUGAAGUCUGCACCACGACAACCGCAUAUGGUGGCGCCACAAGACGAAGAAAUGAUACAAUUAGUAAAUCUUGAAUGACCGUGAGAUAGUGAUUACAAUUCUUGCAUACCCAGAUCACCUAUCAUCAAUUCCAUUUCACACACUCUCAUACUGGUGAUACUAUAGCAAUUAAACUUCGGGCAAUCGGUUGGUACUAUGGUACAUUGUUUCACAUGCAGAAAAUGCAAAUCAAAUGUUUUUUUAGUUCCGAUAAGGAGCUCUAGGAAUACCCGGUUGAUUGAUUAGUUGAUCUAUUUUGUGCUGACUGCUUAAUACUGCAGUCGGCAACCCAUGGGUCGUGAGUGAAUUUUUGAGGGUCGUCAGAUCGCAUCUGGGUCUCAAAAAUAAACACUUUUAAAUCUGUAUAGUGUUCUCGAUCAUUAAAACAAAACAUUUUUUAAAUAAAAUACUUUGAUGAAA